GCUUCGGCUCCGUCAACAUAAACUGGGAAUGGAAAACUGUAGGCCGUGAAAUUCCUUGGUGUGAUUGGAAAUUAAAGUAGAAUUUUUAUUAAGUUAAUUCAUAUCUCUGAAAAUAUAGAUUUUUAGAAUAAAAGAGCUUUUUAUAAAAAUUAGAUGCAACCUCCAAUUGUUUUCCAAUGAUAGAAGUAGAACACGCUUGAUGAUGAAGCAGGUGAAAAGUGAUUACUAGUAAAUCUCCGACUUCGCCAUAUUGGAUUAUGGAUGUGAACAUUUUAGUUCCUACUUCCUAGACUUUAGGCUAUGUGGAAUUUAGUAAGGAUUCUGUGCAAUUUUUACGUUUUUGAUGUGGAAUUGAUUAUACACUAGUUAACCAAUGUCAACCGAUCCUAAUAAUCUGGUACCUCCAGGAACGCUUUCCACCUCCUAUAUACCAACAACUGCUUCUUCAGGAAAUGUUGGUUACAUGGUGAUGUCCUACCCAGGGAGGCCUCCUAUGGUCCCUGGAAUCCCUAUGCCUCCUGGCAUGGGGAUGCCAUACAUGCAGAUUGGAGGUCCUGGUCCAAUGAUGCCUGUGAUGCCUAUUGCACAUCCACACAUGAUGACCGGACCUCCACUGUCGGCGACGAUGCCGACCCCUGCGCCAACGAUACGGCCGUACCGCCAACACCACCACCACGGCACCCGACCCAACAACCCGGGUCGCAACAGUAAGCAGCCGCAACAUGUGCCAUCGAACGCCCCCGCCCCCGCCGCUCCCCCGGCCGGCCCUGUCGUCACUGUCUUUGUCGGCAACAUCACUGACAAGGCGCCCGACCAGAUGAUACGCCACAUCCUCAACGCAUGUGGCUUGGUCGUCUCAUGGAAGCGUGUGCAAGCUUUUGGCUUUUGUGAGUACGGAAGUCCUGAUGCUGGUUUGAGAGCUAUCAGAAUUCUACAUGAAAUGGAAAUCCGAGGGAAAAAACUUGUAGUUAAAGUAGACCCAAAAACUAAAACGGUGCUUGAUGAAUAUAAAAUUGAAAAACGUAAGAAGCUGAAAGGCGAUGCGUGCGCUCCGAUUGAGACUGACGGCGAGAUCGACGCUGACGAAUACAUGGAUGAAGAAAUGAAGAAUGCUGAUAAGAUGGCACAGGAGCGCAUCGAAGUCAUAUUUCAGGACUACGAAAAUGAAAUGAAAAGCUACAACUCGAAGGGCGAGCGUAAAACUGAUGUGGAACGACGUAUCCAGCGCUCGCAAAAUAAUCAGGCUGAGCAUACCAAAGAACCAGAUAGCAACUCGGUAGUGGACUUGGACGAUGCGAACAUUGAAGAAGGAAAGCGGGAUCUGAUUACUAGAGAGAUUGGCAAAUUCCGAGAAAUCAUGAAGAAGCAGGAAGAAGAAAAAGAACAGGAACGGAAACGGAGGGAGGAAGUGCGGAGGGAGCGGCGGGAGGACUCGCCGGCUACCAACGGGCGUGACAGGGAGAGGGAGAGAGAGCGAGAAAGGGAUCGUGAGAGGGACAGAGACAGAGAGAGGGAGAGGGUGCGGUCUCCGAGCAGUCGGAGUAGCGUUGGCAGUGUUUCGCCCGAGCGCCGGCAUCACAAGACAAGGCACCGUUCACACUCCAGAUCUAGAACGAGAGAGCGUGAAAGGGAGAAGGAACGUGAGAGAGAAAGGGAGAAGGAGCGCGAAAGGGAGAGAGAAAGAGAAAAGGAGCGCGAAAGAGAGAGAGAACGUGAGCGCGAACGAGAGAGGGAGCGUGAAAGAGACAUCCGAGAAAGAGAGCGUGAUAGAGACAGAGAAAGGGAUGAACGAAAAUCGGAACGAGAUCUGCAACGAGAAAAGGAGGAGGAAGAAGAACUCAAAGAUAAAAGAAAACAAGAGAGGAAGGCUCGUGAGAAGGAAGCGGCUUAUCAGGAACGACUUCGAACCUGGGAGAGCAGAGAAAGGCACAAAGCAAAAGAACUGGCAAGAGAGAAAGAGAAGAAACGGUUGAAGGAAGAUGAACGUGAACGGGAAGCAAAGCGUUUGAAAGAAUUUCUCGAAGACUAUGAUGAUGAGAGGGAUGACAUCAAAUUCUACAAGGGUAGAGAACUACAGAAGAGGCUAGAAGAAAGAGCGAAAGAAAUGGAGAGUGACGCCAGAGAUAGACAAAAAGAAAAAGAAGAACUUGAGGAGCUACGGUUGAAGAUCUACACGAGCAAUGAGUCAGCCGAUCCAGAAACUGAAUAUGCCAAGGUGCUGCAAGAACGAGAAGAGCUGUACAAGCCGAAACUGGUGAUCGACGUGAACCUGGAGCAGGCAAAGGCGCGCGAGAAGGAGAAGGAACGCGAGCGCGAGAAGGAGCGCGAACGAGAGCGCGAGGCUGAGAGAGAACGCGAAGCUCUGGAGAAGGAACGCGAAGCCGAAGAGCUGAUGGAGCUAAAACGGCGAGCUGCACUGUUGGCCGAGGCACAGGCCGAAGCUGAACGCACAUUGUUGACGAAUCACUCGCCCUCCAACUCGCCCCCCUCCCCUGGGGACCACUCGCCCCCGCCCGCCUCGCCCGAGCCCCAUCACCACCAUCACCAUCAUCAUCACCACGAACCUAAACCUGGUAAAACAUGGACCUCGCCAAAUGCCGAUAAAGAUAAGGACAAGAAGAAGAAGAAAUUGGACGUUAAAGAAGUGUUCAAUACUGAUGAUGAUGAGGACAAUAAUUUGGGAGGAAAGAAACGAAAACUUGUUCCGCUAGAUUAUUCGGAAGACAAGAAGAAGGUCAAAGAUGAUGUGAAGAAGGAAGACUCGGCUAAAUCUCAGGAAGAAAAGAGAAAACAUAUAAAAACAUUGAUAGAUAAAAUACCAACGGCUAAAAACGCGCUUUUCGCGUUCCAACUGGAUUGGGCAGCUGUAGAUAAUCAAUUGAUGGAAAGGAGAAUAAGACCUUGGAUUAAUAAGAAGAUAAUUGAGUACAUAGGAGAGCCGGAGCCGACUCUGGUUGAUUUUAUUUGUUCGAAGGUGCUGGCUGGCAGUGCGCCGCAGGGCAUUCUAGACGACGUUCAAAUGGUGCUUGACGAAGAAGCUGAAGUGUUUGUUGUGAAAAUGUGGAGACUAUUAAUUUAUGAAAUUGAAGCAAAAAAAUUGGGACUUGUGAAGUGAUAACUUUCUAGUGUUAGUGUAUUAUAUGUAAAUAGAUAAGUAGAACAUCAAGCUGUGAGAAGUGCGAAUGCAACUUCAAUUUUCAUCAACUAUUGAUGGAAUUACGUUUAAUUUUGACCACAAUGGUCAUCGAUUUGUAUUUAAUCAGUACCAGACUAUUAUCAUCAUUCUAGCUUAGUUUUCGACUGUUUGUGUUUAAUAAUGACUUUUAUGAAAUAUAGAAAAGAAAUUGCACAAGCAACACUUUGUGCUCUUUGAUGCCAUCUUUUUCAUUAGAUUGAAUCAUUGAUUGAUUAGAUUUGAUUGAUUGAUUAUCUUGAACAUAGAAUUACUGGCUCUAGCUCAACUCUGCUAUUUUUUUUUAUUCAAUUGAUACCAUCGAUAAAUUAAAAUUAAAUAUUUAUGAGUU